AACCGACUAGCAGGGUGGCUAUAGAGCACAGGGCAGGAGGCAGGGUGGGGCAGAACUGCAGGAAUAUUCCGCAGUGCAACUCCUGCAGAAAGCCUUCGGAGAAUAACCCUAACCCGCCUCUGGCCCAUCAGGUCCGGGGCCCCAUGCGCUCCAGGAGUGACGCCCACCUCAGCGACUCAAACUUCUAGGGGCAGGGGACAGGGAGGGGCGCUCCGCGGGCCCCUCGGUGGGGACUUGAGACACCCACACUAGCAGGGUCUGCAGACUAGCAGCGGGAACCCAAUUCCGGUCUGCGUUGGUGCAACUCCGCAAUCCAGGGCUGUCCAGCGUCUUGGCAAGAAAAACUACACUCCCCACAACACUCUGCGCCUCCGACUCGCUGCGGAUGCUCGCGGCCAAUCCGGGGAGGGAGCUGCGGCGGGGGCCGAGGAGGGACAUUUUAAAAGGGCCGGGGUUGCGGGCGUCAGUGGCCAUGGCGGAUACAGCGACCACAGCAUCGGCGGCAGCGGCCAGUGCCGCCAGCGCCGCGACCGAUGCACCUCCUUUCCAGCUGGGCAAGCCCCGCUUCCAGCAGACAUCCUUCUAUGGCCGCUUCAGGCACUUCUUGGAUAUCAUCGACCCUCGAACGCUCUUUGUCACUGAGAUACAGCUGCCACAUAAGUCCCAACCUAAAUGCUACCUCCCUGGGUCUGUGCCCCUCAACGUCUCCCUUCUCUUCCCUGCAGAGACGUCUCCGAGAGGCCGUGCAGCUGCUGGAGGACUAUAAGCACGGGACCCUGCGCCCGGGGGUCACCAAUGAGCAGCUCUGGAGUGCACAGAAAAUCAAGCAGGCUAUUCUACACCCGGACACCAACGAGAAGAUCUUCAUGCCCUUUCGAAUGUCAGGUUACAUUCCUUUUGGGACGCCAAUUGUGGUCGGUCUUCUUUUGCCCAACCAGACACUGGCAUCCACUGUCUUCUGGCAGUGGCUGAACCAGAGCCACAACGCUUGUGUCAACUAUGCAAACCGCAACGCUACCAAGCCUUCACCUGCAUCCAAGUUCAUCCAGGGCUACCUGGGAGCUGUCAUCAGUGCCGUCUCCAUCGCUGUGGGCCUUAAUGUCUUGGUUCAGAAAGCCAACAAGUUCACCCCGGCCACCCGCCUUCUCGUCCAGAGAUUUGUGCCCUUCCCCGCUGUAGCCAGCGCCAACAUCUGCAACGUGGUCCUGAUGCGGUACGGGGAGCUGGAAGAAGGGAUCGAUGUAAUGGAUGGUGACGGCAACCUCGUGGGCUCCUCCAGGAUCGCAGCCAGACAUGCCCUGCUGGAGACGGCACUGACGCGAGUGGUCCUCCCCAUGCCCAUCCUGGUGCUCCCUCCAAUCGUCAUGUCCAUGCUAGAGAAGACGGCUCUCCUGCAAGCCCGCCCCCGGCUGCUUCUUCCUGUGCAAAGCCUCGUGUGCCUGGCAGCCUUCGGCCUGGCCCUGCCUCUGGCCAUCAGCCUCUUCCCACAGAUGUCAGAGAUCGAAACAUCCCAGUUAGAGCCUGAGAUUGCCCGGGCCACCAGCAGCCGGACAGUGGUGUACAACAAGGGGCUGUGAGUGGUGGCCGGCUGGCCGGGGGCGCAGCCUUGUCCAGCCUGGGGAGCUGGGGGCGGGGGGUCUCCAUCCGCAGUGGUAGGGAGACUAAUCUAUUCACCUGUUAACCUAAGGGAGAGGCAUUCUGACACAUUUCCUACAAAAAUAAUCAAGUGCAUUUCUGGGCCUUACGUGGGGUUUGCCGAAACUCUACUCAGCACAAUGAUGUGAGAAGCUGGAGAAGUGUAGAGUGCCCACAGGGUAGAAUUAGGGUCCUUUUCUACUUUAUUUUUAUUAUUUUUUAUUUUUUAUCAGAACCAAGCCUUGGUUGCAGCCGCUCAGAUGCUGCUAGCAGGCGGUCCGGUGGUGGGAGGAAGGGGAGGCCUGAGAGCCGGCUGGUGUGGUGGCAGGGCUGGUAGAUUGAAGAUAUUGUUGUGGCCAAGACCGAUGCCUCUCUGGGUGCCCAGGGGUCGGGAAGGGAGGGGGGGGGCGGUGGACACCUCACAGGACGAGCCAGCGAUGACUGAGGUCCUCAGGAGGUGGCCCAGGAAACCAAGGCGCACCGGAGGUCUCUGGAAGAUUCCAUGGGGAGCCACCUCUGCGUGUGGCCGGCCUUCAAGAUCCAGGCCGCACUGGCUGGCAUCACCCUUCAGGGAGCCCUGACAUAGGGGAGGCCCCUGAGGUGACCCCAGCUCCAGGCAGGAGGCUCCAAGAAGGACUGAUGGUGGGCAGGAGCCGGGGGCAUGCAGUCUGGCCUUUGCUGGGAGAUCUUCCUUUCCAGUACCAGGCUGGCAGCUGGCAGGGCCGAAUGUGGGCAUUAGGCUGGAGCCAGGCUGACUGCCACAGAACAGGAGGGCCCCAUGCCUGAGAGUACAAAGCCAGAGCUCGAGGCACCUAUCGGAGAGGAAGCAUCCACCCGGGAAUCAAAGCGGGCGUGGCGCUGGCUGGCUGCGUCACCUUGGACCAGCCCACGUCCUUCUCUGAGCCUCCACCCCCACGUCUGGAACCAGAAGGACUGGAUCAAGGGAUUCCCACCUGCGCGUCCAGCUAGAUCUCGUCUUGGCCUGUUCCGCUCAGAUGCUGGUCAUCCCGGGCGCAUCCCAAUACGAACACUGGACUGGGGAAGGGGCGGGUCCCUUUGGGCAUGGCCAGCAAGCGGCCUGAGCACCUGGACUCUGCUGUUCUGUAUGUGAUCCCCCCCCCCAAAAAAAAAUCCUGGGAGCGCUGGACCUUUGCCAAACACUUUGCAGUUGUGAAGGAGGAGGUGGUAUGGAUGCAUGGGCUGGAGCCACACCCCCAUGCCGCCUCUCAUCCUUCCCUCACCUCCGAGGCCCCUGGCUGCUGGCUGCUGGCUGCUGCCUCCCUCCCAGGGCGGGCCAGGAAAGGGGAGAGCUCUGCAGAGGAAGUCGGGGCUGGGAUGGGGUGAACAGGGGAACCUCUCAUCUGAAAAGCCCCAAAAAGAGGACGCCUGGGCCUCAAGGUACCUCUCACCUGAUCCCAGCUGGAAUGAGCCUUCCACUUGCAGCCUCGGGGCCUCCCUCCCCCGGUGCCUGACUCCAGGGGAGAGGCGUGGCUGGAGGUGGACAGGUACGUGCAGGGGAAGGCCGUGCGGGCAGCGGAGGCCUGGCCACAGGCUCUGCUCCCCUCGGGGCAGGGGGAGUUGUGGUGAGGUGGGUCUCCUACAGGCACUGGCAGCAGACACCCCACCAGAAGCCCCUGCUGCCUUCCCCUCCCAGCCGGGCCCUGGAGCCUCCCCGCUAGCUCUGCAGGGUGAGCCCUGAGGGCCCCCACUCUCUCAAGGAGCAGCCCGCCCGCUGCCCAUCAGCACGGGGAGAAGGCAGAGACAAGCAUCGAAGACAAAGCGGCAGAGGGAAGGGCUGCCACGGUGUCGGAGGGACAGGUAUUUUUCAGUUACUCCCGCCAUAAUGUGAACAUGCUAGCGCCUGGGGCCUGGGCAGGCCUGGGCCCUCUUUUGCAAAGCUCACUUCAGGCUCACACACCCCCCCUCCCCCCCACCUCUCCUUGGGUCUUAUUCUUGUGCACUUUACCUUGGGACCAAAACCGCUCACCCCAGCUCCACCCCCGCCCCCUCCAGAGGCCUAGCAGAGAUGGGAUCUCUCCAUCUCUCCUCUGGGCUGGCUGCCCCGGCCCAGCCCCGUGGCCUCUGCAUCGCAUAACCUGUUUACUUUGUCCCCCAGAUGAUUUCCGGGCAUGCUCCCAAACGCAGUUUCAGGUGACUUGGGGGGGAAGGAGGGCUCCUCCUGGUAGGAUGGUGGCGGCGAAGGAUCCUUAUAGCUCAGGGUGAUGGUGACAGAGUUCGGCUAGCCGGGCAGCUAGGCCCUGGUCUGGCUGCGGAAAACACUAAGAGGGGAGACUUUCCGUUAACAUCCAGCCCCUCUUGGCUGAGGCCAGAGGAAGGGAGGCCUCAUGGGAAGAUGGUUUCACGUCUGGGGAGGAGGCUGAGUCAGGGCAAGGCUGGCCCAGCAGAGCCAGAAUCCAGGCUGUACCUGCAGCUGAUUCUCUGUCUUCGGUGUAUCUGCCUGGCCCUCGUCUGGUCACUUCAAACUGCAGUUCAAGAGCCACAUGCAGCUCUUUGGCCCCAUGAGUGUGGCUCUUCCACAAAAUACCACGGCCUGGGCGAGUCUAUAUUGAAGAAGUCGCAUUAGAAGAAGUUUACAUUUAAAAAAUGUGGCUCUCAAAAGAAAUGUCAAACAUUGUCCUGUUGAUAUCUGGCUCAGUGGACUAAUGAGUUUGCCGACCACUGACUUUAAACAUUCCUGAAGGCUUGGGAUGCCCCUCUCCCGUUUCCAGAGAGCAGUCUGCAUGUGCAGGGACCAAAAGCUCAAGAAGUCAAGAUGGCUGCUGAGUCAGGAUGGCCAGCAUCCCAUUUCACGUCCUGAUUGGGGAGGAGGAGGGGGAGGGUUCUGUUUCCUGUCCUGGGCCUCUCCCCUGGUGGAAGGGUGGGGUUCUGGGAGGAAACAGGCCCGUGGACAGAAGCAAGGUGGUUUCCCAGGCCUGGGCCUCGGUCAUACCCAGGUUACUGUGCAGUGUCUUUUUAACCUUCUCAGAAACUUUCUCAACCUCUGUGAUUUAUGUAAUACUAAUGAACUGUGGGCAAUAAACGAUGGAUUUAAAGCA